CAGAAACCCAUCAUCUCGGUCCCUAACCGCCCCGCGUGCCAGCUUCUCAGCCAGUGGUGACGGCGUGUGACAAAACAUCCCUCAUCAUCCUCACUUCCGAACCACAGGCCUGAUUCACAUAACAAAGCACUCUCCUUAUCUCCCAAGCCUGAUCUUUCUCUCUUCUCUUUCAUCUCUGUAACACCUACAUACUCGGCUGUUACUCACUUCUUUGUUCCAGUGCCUCGUCAUCAGCCACACUUGCCCGGUCCAUAGUACUUGUACCGGGCAAUCCCUCUCCUUUGUCCCUUCCUCGUCCAGCCCUCUCUGCACGCGUCAUUCUUUGACUCAACUGGUAUCUGACCAGGGACCGUCCCUCUUUGCACCCUCUCAGCUGCACGAAUCCUAUAGUCCUUCAGUACACCACGCAUCGACCCUUACCUCGAACUAUCCCAGCAGCCCACCACCUACCGAGUCCAUCUCAAGCCUGUAUCAUGUCCGCCUUGCCCAGCAACGACCUUCGUAGCGCAGCCAAACCAUACCUCCGUGAAAAGAAUCACAAUAAGAAGUGGGCAAGAGGAGCUCAGGAGCCUCCGGAACAUAACUGCCACAAACACACAUAUCCUGAAGACAACUGCCGCAAAUGCAUGGGCAGACCCAACCGACGAGAUCAAGAUCGGAGAGUCGGCCGAUCAGAGGCGAAACACAAGCAUGACAUUCAGAACAAGCUGAGUGGCCACGCCGCAACCUUGGCUCGCAAGGCUUUCCGCAACGAAGUGGUCGAUGCCAUGGACGGUCCUUUGGCUCACGUCUCCGACACCUCGGAGGAAGAGGAAGUCCCGGACGCGUCCGAAGCCCCUCUUCCAGCUGAAGGAGACUUCAUGUACAGCUAUGAUCACGCGACUGGACCGAGAGCGGGUGGUGACAUCCUCAGCCAGGCCAUCAUCCAAGCUGUCCGACGAUUUGAGAACAACGAGACCGAGAAACUAGUCAACACAGAAUACAACAUCAUUGAUGACAAGGAAAUGGCUGAGGCUUCUACCGAGGACGAUGAUGACGAUUUUGAGCUCGUCGACUACUCUCACUUGAAGUGAGAUUGCGAUCUUGUGCACGACACUCUGUGAGGUCGUCGCAGACCUGGAACCGGCGUUGUCGGCUGCUUUUCACACACUUGUAAUGACUCUCUCUCAGAGCAACCGAGUUGCUGUUGUUUGGAUGCUUUCAAUUCAUCAGAGAUACCCCAAGGAAUCAUUAGGGAAGCGAGGCUGUAUCAACAGAACAAUCAUCAUGGGUACUACACGGCGCUUCUUGAGGAUAUGAAUGACCUUGGAGAGGAGGGAUCACUGCCAAAUAUCAUUGGGUGUUCCUAGAUUUCUAUUCGGCGUUUGAUUAUCAGAGCACAAUCGAGAGCAGGAGAGCAGGAGGGCAGGGAGCAACUAAGCAAUACGUAGCAUUAGGAAUUCAGCACCCAGCCUUAUCGAAACA